UCUGGCGCCGACGAAGGCCAUCUGCUCAGAGCCUUCAAACGCCUUGGUGAGAUCCUGCAACAGGCUCGUAGGGCAUGUCAUCACCUUGGUUACGAGGCCCUUGAGACACUGAUGCGCGAUGCUCAUGUGGCUAUAAAUCGACAACAGUGUGCUGCACAAAUGCCUCAGCACACGACUGGAGGCAUGCGACAAGGAAGUGUCGCAAGUGAUCCUGCUGCGCAAUCUCGCUGUCCGUGGCAUCGCCGUUUACCACUCCGGCAUGACGCUUAA